ACACAUACAGACUCACGCGCGCACUCACGCGCUGGCUCCACUGAAGCCCCCGGUCAGACUCGGGGUGAGAGUUCGGGUGGUCAGUCCGGCUCGGGGUGAGAGUUCGGGUGGUCAGUCCGGCUCGGGGUUCGGGUCACGACCCAAACCAGGCGGAUUGCUCUGCGGGCUGCGCUGAAGCGCCAUGUUAGCCGUGGGCGCUCUGGCUGUGCUGCCCCUGUGCGCAGUCGCAGUUUGGGGGAUCGAGCGCUCGUUCUCCAUCGAUCCGGAGCGGAACUGCUUCCUGAAGGAUGGAGAACCCUUUCAGUACGUCUCCGGCAGCAUCCACUACUCCAGAGUCCCGCGCAGCUACUGGAGAGACCGGCUCAACAAGAUGUACAUGAGUGGACUGAACGCCGUCCAGGUGUAUGUUCCCUGGAAUUUCCAUGAACAGGUUCAGGGUGUGUAUGAGUUUGAUGGAGAGAGGGAUGUGGAGUAUUUCCUGAAUCUGGCCAAUCAGACGGGUCUGCUGGUCAUCCUGCGUCCAGGCCCGUAUAUCUGCGCCGAGUGGGAGAUGGGCGGACUGCCUGCCUGGCUGCUCCACAACCCCAACAUUAUCCUGCGCUCUGCGGAUUCAGAUUACCUGCAGGCCGUCAGUAACUGGAUGGCCGUCCUGCUCACUAAACUUCGGCCUUGGCUCUACCAGAACGGAGGGAACAUCAUCAGCGUGCAGGUGGAGAACGAGUACGGCAGCUACUUUGCGUGUGAUUAUAAUUACCUGCGUCACCUGCGGACGCUGUUCCGGUUCUUCCUGGGUGAGGACGUCGUCCUGUUCACCACAGACGGAAACACGGAUAAAGAGCUGGUCUGUGGAACGCUGGAGGGGCUUUACGCCACCAUAGACUUCGGCACAGACACCAAUAUAACCACAGCCUUCAGACGGCAGAGGAGGUUCGAGCCCAAAGGGCCGCUGGUGAACUCUGAGUUCUACACCGGCUGGCUGGAUCACUGGGGUGAUAAACACGCUGCAGUGGAGACUCAGAAGGUCAGCAGGAUGUUGGAGGACAUGCUGAGUCUGGGAGCCAGCGUCAACAUGUACAUGUUUGAAGGAGGAACCAACUUUGGCUACUGGAACGGCGCUGAUUAUGACAGCAGGUUCCGCUCUGUGGUCACCAGCUACGACUACAACGCUCCUCUGUCAGAGGCUGGAGAUCCAACAGACAAACUCCUGGCCAUCAGAGACGUCAUUAAGCACUUCCGGGACGUUCCGGUGGGCCCGAUGCCUCCAGCCUCGCCGAAGAUGGCGUAUGGAUUCGUGACGCUGAAGAAGGUGGGCAACAUCAGUGGAUUACUGGACACGCUGUGCCCACAGGGUCCCGUCCAGUCCCACCAUCCGCUCACGUUCGAGGAGAUGAAACACUAUUAUGGAUUCAUGCUGUACCGGACUGUUCUGCCCCGGAACCUUCCAGAACCGACCCCUCUGAUCUCUCCGAUGAACGGCAUCCAUGACCGCGCAUACGUGUCCGUAAACGGGGUGUAUCAGGGCAUGAUGGAGAGGGACGUCACGCUGGUGAUGAACGUUACGGGCAGGGCAGGAGAUCAGCUGGACAUGGUGGUGGAGAACAUGGGGAGGGUCAACUUCGGCAACAAGAUCAACGACUACAAGGGGCUGCUGGGUAAUCUGAUCCUGGGUAAUGACGUGCUCACUGAUUGGCUGAUCUUCUCUCUGGACAUCGAUGUGAUGAUAGCCACCGGCUGGCCGCAGGCCGGGGGGGUGGACGUCCCUCCUGAGCCCAAAUCAGAGGGAGGGAGAGGACCAGCCGUUUACUCAGGGACCUUACAGCCCACAGGACUGGCCUGGGACACCUUCAUCAAACUCAAUGGCUGGACCAAGGGUCAGGUGUGGAUAAAUGGGGUGAACCUGGGCCGGUAUUGGCCCCAGCGGGGCCCCCAGCAGACCCUGUAUGUGCCGGGGUCCCUCCUCAGCCCCACGGUCCCCAACAACAUCACGGUUCUGGAGCUGGAGAAUGCGCCGGAGCACGGCAGGGUGCUGUUCAUGGACCGACCACAGCUGAACAACACCAGAGCGCAGUCCUGACCCCGCAUCCUCCGUCCCCCCAGCGGCUGCAGGGUUUCAGCUGAUCGGACACAUUCACUGCAAUCGUUCACAGAAGCCACGUUCCCUCCGCUCAUACACACAGUCAGUCAGCCAGGACGCUUGGAAGCUUGUAUCCCACCAGUCAGCUCAGUGCAAACCGCACGUCUGAGUCAGAUGUGUCUGAAGACGGCAUCCUGAUCUUACUGGAAUUGCUGUUCCACCUUAAGUAGCGUCAGUAGCAGUUACAUCCAGGGCAUCAAGCCUGACGCGUGUAACUCCUGCACCAUUUAAGGUGGAACGGCAAAUUCCAACUGAAAGCGGGUGAACAGGCCGACUUCGGCCAAGUCAUUGUGAUCUGCCACAUUUCCCUCUUCAAAGCUGAACGUGGUGGAAGCUGAAUACUGAGAACUACAGCCAGCAGCUCCGUCUGUCAUACGACUGGUUAUACACCUUCGUUACUCCGCAUAACCACACCCUGUGAUUAAUCACCGAGGACGGCUGUCUGGAGCGUCUCGGCUGACUGACUGACUGUGUUUAACGGAGAAAAUUUGAUUUUCUCUGAUUUGUUUUUUUGCACUUUCUGCUGAAACCGAUACUGUACAGGAUUCUGAUUGAAGGGCAGAAAGUCUGAGACCCCCACACCCCCCACAGAGCCCCUAAUGGUGACCAACUGAUAACUCAGGAAAUAUAAAACUUUAGCUUUUUGACUUCGGCAGUAAAGCAGUGCUGCUCCGACUGCCUGACGUGUGAUUUGAUAUUCAGUAUUAUUGCUGUAAAAUACAUGAUGUGGAAUGUUGUUUUUUUAAAUGCUGAAAUGACGGCAUGAUUUCCAAAUAAAAGACUGAAAAUAAUGACUGAA